GAUUCGAAGCAGUCCGGUCGGAACUAAAAUGAGUAUAAAGAUCAGAAUUAUCAAAAUAGCCUUGCUGAUAUUUUCUGUAUCGUUGGCCCAAGCAAAUGAUCUUAAGGAUGAAAACACGUCGAAUUUGCAGCCACAGCUUGUGUUUUACAAAUUCUUCACUCCUACGAAGCUUGCUGAGGCUGCUACCUUCAUCCAUCACCACAAUACCCUGACUCCUCGACUACUCACGUUCCUCAGUGCUCCAAGCAACUACUAUCGACUGAUCAUUGUCCCGCUGAUUCCGCCAGGAGUCAUCGGUAAAAAUGCCAAACUUGCCGUGAAGGUGGCGGUUGGCUUAGAAACGACGUUUGGCUCAGCAGACAGCGAUCCUUCAUUUGUUAUUUCAGAUGGCCAUCGCUUUGUCGGCAUGCUGACGCUUGAUAAGAACAACUACCCAUCUUCUGCCCCCUGUUUUGGCAUAGAAGGAUCCAGCGGGAAUACCAUGACUCGUCGUACUGAUGCGGUACUCCCAAAGCCAUCCGAGUCUAAUUACCCAGGAAGAUUCGAGAUCCAGUUAAGCCUGUCUGACCGAAUUUUGUUGUUUCUGAAAAUCUAUGCAAUGGGGUUCACAUUUUUUAAACACAAGAUGGAGGUAUUUGAUGGGAUUGUAGUAAUAGUUUCAUUUUCCCUGGAUGUAGCCUUCAGUGCAAUGAUUAUCCUUGUGUCUACUUGCCAACCUGGUUGA